AUGACUUCGACAUCUUUCAAAGACCGGAAUCUACUAGCGGUCAUUGGUGAUGAAGACACAGUUACCGGUCUCCUACUUGCUGGUAUCGGGCAUAUAACCCAACAACAGAAGAAGAACUUCCUUGUCGUAGACUCCAAAACUCAGGUAUCUGCUAUCGAGGCCGCUUUCCAGGAAUACACCGAACGCAAGGACAUCGCCAUCCUUUUGAUAAACCAACAUGUAGCAGAGAAAAUCCGUCCAACAGUUGACCGAUAUCAACAAGCAUUCCCCUCAUUACUCGAGAUACCCUCGAAGGACCAUCCUUAUGAUCCGGCAAAGGACUCUGUGCUGAAGCGAGUACAUAAAUUAUUCGGCGAAUAA